CAUUUGCGUAUCCAACCGGAAUUGUCAAACGCGGAUGGACAUUUUAAGGCUCGAGUCGAAAGGAAUAUUUGAAAAUUAUCAGUAGGCCUACCAAACUUCCGGGACCUAUCAGCACAGCGCCUACAGUAAUAUUUGGAACGUUUGACCAAUCACGAAUCACAAACGCUGUAAACGCGUAUCCUCAAACGGGACGUUUAACGGUUGACAUUGCCACCAGGUAUCAUCGUGCGGUGCUGCAGCAGCACCCUGCUGAAUUCUGCUGGAAGAAGAGCAGGAAGAAAGCAUCUUUACUCUUGGGUGGAAAGCAGAGACUGAAAGACACACUCGUCAGUUACUACAACGACAUGGGAAAAGAAGCGUCAAACACUUUGUAAGAUGUUUCCUCAUCACAGAGAAAGAGAGCAGCCAAUCUUCAGCACGCGGGCUCAUGUCUUCCAGAUCGACCCAGCCACAAAGCGGAACUGGAUCCCUGCAAGCAAGCAUGCGGUCAGCGUGUCUUUCUUCUUCGACUCCAAUCGCAACGUGUACCGCAUCAUCAGUGUAGGCGGCACCAAGGCAAUUAUCAACUGCAUCGUUACACCCAGCAUGACAUUUACAAAGACAUCACAGAAGUUUGGUCAGUGGGCUGACAGCAGGGCCAACACAGUCUACGGUUUGGGCUUUGCUACAGAGCAACAACUGCACCAGUUUUCAGAGAAGUUCAAAGAAGUGAAAGAUGCAGCUCGUCUGGCACGGGAAAAGUCCCAAGAUAAAGAACUGGCCAACACAGCCCUCAGCAUCGCUGCACCGCAGUUCUCACAGGACCUCUCCGAUGACCUCCAGUCCCCUCCAGUCAUGUGUGUGAACGGGCCUGAGGACAAGUUGUUUCGCAGUCAAAGCGCAGACAUCACGCUGUCUUCUGAGAAGGAGCGUAUCAAGAAGAUGCUCUCGGAGGGGUCUAUCUGCGAGCUGAACCUGGAAGCGGAGCUCUUCACGCUGCAAGACAGCAACUCCAAGUUAGUGGCGGCGUUGCACGAGGCUAAUGCUAACGUGGAGCAGUGGAAGAAACAGCUGGUUGCAUAUCAAGAGGAAACCGAAAGGCUUCGAGAACAGAUUGCUGACCUGGAGGCCCACGGGGGUCAUGGCCCCAGUGACCUGUUGAAGGACGAGUUGACUCAAUCUCUGGAAGAGUUGGAGGCUCUGUUGAAGGCCAAAGAUGAGGAAAUUCACAAUUUGCAAAGCAAGAAGUCAGACUAUCAUGAGGUGGAACGUGACAGAGAUCAGGCUAUACACAGAUUACGGGAAGUGGAGAUGCGCAAUUCCGAGCUGGAACGCCGUAUCCAGAACACGGAGCAGAACUUAAGCAACUCUCUGGAGGAUCGAGAUCGCAUGGACACUGAGCUCCAGAGGGCCAUCGAAAUUCUAGACAUCAAGAUCUUUGAUCUCAAUGACCUCCGGCAGAGCUUAGUUAAACUUGUGGACAAGUAAAAAGUCAAAAUGCAGAAGUUUAAAAUAAUAACAAUAAUAAUAAUAAUAAUAGUAAUAAUAAAAACAAAUCCAAGAUGGAGCACAUUUGCACCUCAAGCGCAAGAACCAUCUUGUCUGCAGCACUCACUGUUCACAUGUCGGCCUAAACUGCAUUUUACGUUGUUUUACUUGUCAGAUAAUGUAGCACUUCAUGUUGCUUACCAGGGAAACAAUGCAAUAACCUCAAGGUAACUGCUUCUGAGUGCAGAGUGCAAGAUGUUCUGGUGCUUAUAGUUUUUGUGAUAUGACCAUUGGAUUAUAAAUGGCAUAUUGUGACUAAUAAGAGGCCUUGUUUUACUGUACAUUAACUGUCUUGUCAGCGAUUCUACAGACAAAACAAGCACACAUUCAUACUACAUUACAGCCAUUACACAUAUUGCAGAUAAACCCAUUUGUAACAUGUGUAUGUAGCUGUCCAUGUAUUAAGUAGCAGCAGGUAGACGAUAGAGAUCAUUAUAAAUUUAAGCAGCAUGGUCUUCUGCGCUAUUACUCACAUUUGGAUAAAUGAAGUACAUAUUAAUA